AAAGCGUCCUAAGCUGACGUCAGCCCGGUACCGAUGAACAACCGGUAGCGUUGAAGGGAGCUGUAUGUUAGCCUGUUGUUUGUAGCUCUGUCCGCUAAUCCCCCUGUCAAACGUGCAAACAUCAUGCCUUUCGAUGUUAGGAGAUUCGAUAUCUACAGGAAAGUGCCAAAAGAUCUCACCCAGCCCACAUACACAGGAGCUUUCAUUUCCAUCCUCUGCUGCGUCUUCAUACUCUUCCUGUUCCUGUCUGAGCUGACGGGAUUCAUAGCCACAGAAAUUGUAAAUGAACUGUAUGUGGAUGAUCCUGAUAAAGACAGUGGUGGGAAGAUAGAAGUGAGUUUAAACAUCAGUUUGCCAAACUUACACUGUGAUUUGGUGGGUUUGGACAUCCAGGAUGAGAUGGGCCGCCAUGAGGUCGGUCACAUAGACAACUCCAUGAAGGUUCCUCUCAACCAGGGUGACGGUUGUCGCUUUGAGGGAGAGUUCACCAUCAACAAAGUACCAGGAAACUUCCAUGUGUCCACACACAGCGCCACAGCGCAGCCCCAAAGCCCUGACAUGACCCACAACAUCCACAAGCUGGCCUUUGGAGAAAAGCUCCAGGUACAAAACGUAAAAGGAGCCUUCAAUGCAUUAGGAGGGGCCAACAGGCUGUCUUCUAAUCCUCUGGCCUCACAUGACUACAUAUUGAAGAUUGUUCCAACAGUGUAUGAAGACCUGUCAGGCAAAAAGAGGUUCUCCUACCAGUACACGGUAGCCAAUAAGGAGUACGUUGCUUACAGCCACACGGGCAGAAUCAUCCCGGCCAUCUGGUUCCGGUACGACCUCAGUCCAAUCACAGUCAAGUACACAGAGAGGAGACAGCCCUUCUACCGCUUCAUCACAACAAUCUGUGCCAUCGUCGGCGGGACGUUCACGGUCGCAGGAAUCAUCGACUCCUGUAUAUUCACGGCUUCAGAGGCCUGGAAGAAGAUCCAGAUAGGGAAGAUGUCAUGAGGACGGCUCCCCACUCCUGCCUACGUAUUAUUUAUAAGUGCAAAGUUGCUAGCCUGUUAGCUAAAUCCAGUCCUGCUCGAAGCCACUUCCUUUUGGAGAUCGUAUCAGACCAGCGGCCAAUGGAGUGGCUCCGGCAUUCGAUCUAACUACCAGGCUACACGGCUGCGUCUCAGUUACUUCAGCUCCUCUCAGGCUCCAUCUGCUCUGGUGACGUGUGGACGCUGACUAUCACAUGUCUGCUUCCUCCGUCUUCAGUGUCCAGAGAGGAGAGGAGACCUUUUGUUACUGUGGAGAUGAAGUACUGCGUGUCAGGGUUCAACCAGUAUGGAUAUUUGAAGGCUGCAACUAUUUUUUUUUUUUUUUUUUUAUUAGAAUGAAGUAAAAAAUCAAAACACUAAAAACAGAUAUUUGUGCUGAUGUUCACAUUUUUUAAAUUUGGUGCUAGCAACCAUGUGACUCAUAUCUCCACAAAUGUAUAUUCAAUUACAAGAACAUUUUUCCAUUUAUGGCUGAAUGAUUUACAAUCAAGAGUUUAAAGGGACAGUUCACUCAAAAAUCUUAAAAUGCAUAUUUCCCUCUUACAUGUGGUGCUAUUAAUCAAUCUGUGGUGUAAUCUUCAACAUUUGGCAGCUCACACCUAAUCAAUCUCUACUGAUAAAUAGCACUACAGGUGAGAGGGAAAGUAUCAAUUUAUAUAAUAAGACUCCAUAAAAGAGUUAGAUAAACUUUACGUAAAUUGUCCCUAACUAAUACACGAUUUAGCCAAUUAAUGUUUUAGCACUACAGGGGAGAGGAAAUAUAUCUAUUUUGAUUUUGUGGUUUCUGGGUGCACUGUUCCUUUAAAUUCGUUUUUUUGAAAAAGGAACAUUUCAGCCAGUUCAAGCCAGUAAAUAGGUCUAGUCAUACUGUGUUUGUUCCCCAAUACCGCAAAAGGGGAAUAAUCAUUUGAAGGAAGUAUUCUGGUUUAUAAUCCUGCUCUGUUUAUGAGACUGGACUGAACUUUAAAGUGUUUCUAUGAUUCACAAUGUCCAUAAAACUACAUUUUCCAUCGUGUGACUUUUUUUUUUCCAUUCCAUCUUGGUUUACCUUCACUUGUCUUUAGGGUUUCUUUUCCACCGCAGGAUUAUCAUCAGCUCACUCUCAUGUGUUUGUCUGACUGUUUCAGUGGCUGCCACUAAAACCAGCUCAAUGCAUGUUACAAUUUACUGUCGGUUCACUUUUUAAGAGAUUUAUUUCCAUACACUGUUCAUUGUUCACCUUUCAGUCAAGGUCCUAGUUUUGAAUUCCAUUCCAUUUGAAUUGUUGCAAAAAAAAAUGUAGAGAAUAUCUUUUUUUUAAGAGAUCGAUGAUUUAGUUUGAUUUUUUUAUUUUUAUAACACGGUACGUGAAUUAUUUACUUGAGUUUCUAUGAAGUUGUAAAUUGUGAAUUUGGUUUUGUAAGUUGAGAACUUGUAGGAGAAGAUGUUUUUCCUCUUGGGUCAUUUUUCUUUCUUUUAUACUGUUCCUCCAGAAACUGGUCUUUCUACUGUUAAGGUCAUCCACUUCCUGUUCUGUCUCAAAUUACUCUGUAAUGCUAUGUGUUCCUCAAGUAAAGGUACCAUAGAAAUCA